AAUCCGAUAUUGAUCCGCAUUACCCCACGUGACUCGGUGAAAUGUUCCACGUGGAGGGGACGGACGUGGCGAAAACCAGCUUGUACUCGUUCGUCGUAGCGUCAGUUGCAGAUACAGAAAUUCGGUUUUUUGGCCCGGAAUUAUGCGUCUCUCAGCGCUCUUUGGAACUUUUGCCUCCGUUGCGGCCUUGGCCCAGGUGGCUUUGUCUCAGUCCAAGGGACCCACUGAACCCGAAAUUUCCAUUGUGGCAUCAUGGCCAGAUGAUAAUCCCUUCGCCCACGUUGUAAAUGGAGAGAAGAAUCUAAUUCUGCUAUCUAUUGAAAACAAAUCCGACCGGAAUGUUACUCUUCUCAGCAUGUCAGGCUCGGUGCACCAUCCUGAUACAAAUGCGUUGGUAAAAAAUCUUACUGCUGUUCCUUAUGGCAUCAUACUUGUUGAGGGUGUCAAGCUCCAGCUUCCCUUCACCUUUUACAGCGAAUUCAAACCCGGAGAUCUGCGCCUCAAUCUUUGGCUGGAACAUUCGUUCGCAGACGAGAAGUACUUGGUAUCCGCUUACGAUUCUAUCGUUACUAUCGUGGAGCCCGAGAUCUCAAUCUUUGACUUCAAGCUAUUGACAACGUACCUUGUGGUGUCCCUCAUUUUCGGUGGCAUUGCGUACGUUGCGUACCUCUCGUUUGUCCCCCAAUCCAAGAAGCCCAGACGCACGGCUGCUUCCGUUAGCGCACCCGUGGGUUCUGUGACUGCUACGGGUGCUGGAGGCUAUCAGGAAGAAUGGAUCCCGGAGCAUCACUUACGAAAAAACAAGGCCAAGAAGGGUGGGCCAGCUAGUGGUGAUGAGCUGAGCGGUGGGGAGACUAGCGGUACGGAAGGGAGGAAGCGGAAAGGCCGGAAGUAA